CCGUUUUUGAAGCGUUGUUGUGAAUCCAAUAUGGCGAUAUUUGAUGUUGUACUAUUUUGAAGAAGUGCACAUGUUUUUAUACAAAUGGGAGUUAAGUAACUUAAUGUUGAGGUGCAUUAGAUUAGCGCCAUAAUAAUUGAUUCAUUACUUGAGUACAUAGUGUUUAGAGCGCUGACUAUCAUGACAGACACGAGACGAAGAGUUAAGCUUUAUGCUCUGAACGCAGACCGACAGUGGGAUGACAGAGGUACAGGGCAUGUGUCGUCAUGUUACGUGGAGAGGUUGAAAGGCACCUCGUUACUCGUACGUGCAGAGUCAGAUGGUUCCCUUCUUCUAGAGAGUAAGAUACAACCCGACACAGCCUAUCAGAAGCAACAGGACACGUUGAUAGUCUGGUCGGAAGGUGACAACUUUGACUUAGCGUUAAGUUUCCAAGAAAAAGCCGGUUGCGACGAAAUAUGGGAGAAGAUUUGUCAGGUACAAGGAAAAGAUCCUUCAGUUGAAAUAACACAAGAUAUAGUGGAAGAAUCAGAAGAUGAGCGGUUUGAUGAGAUGUCAGACAGUGUACAGCCAGUGGAGCUGCCUGCAUGUGAGAUGGGUCGCCUGGAGGACAUCAGUGAACUUGUCAACAGUUGUCUGGUGUCACCAGCUCGCAAGGACAAGCUGGCAGCUGCACUAGAGACACAGCAUUACAUAAAGAAACUACUUAACCUGUUUCACAUGUGCGAAGACAUUGAAAACAUAGAAGGGUUGCAUCAUCUUUACGAAAUAUUUAAAAGUAUAUUUCUUUUAAACAAAAACACACUCUUUGAUACCAUGUUUGCUGAUGAUACUAUAUUUGAUGUUGUGGGCUGCCUAGAAUAUGAUCCAAGUCUGCCUCAACCUAAAAAGCAUAGAGAAUAUUUACGGGAGCUAGCAAAGUUCCGGGAAGCCAUUCCUAUAAAGAACAAAGAUUUGCUAGCGAAAAUACAUCAGACAUAUAGAGUACAGUACAUUCAAGAUAUUGUUUUACCUACUCCUACAGUUUUUGAGGACAAUCUGCUAAGCACAUUGUCCAGUUUUAUAUUUUUCAACAAGGUAGAAAUAGUGAAACUUAUAGAGGAAGAUGAGAAGUUUUUGACAGAUUUGUUUAAACUACUUAUGGAUGAUAAGACACCGGAUCCUAAGAGACGGGACUUAGUUCUGUUUUUAAAGGAAUUUUGUAAUUUUUCACAAAACUUGCAACCUCAAGAUAAGGAUGCGUUUUAUAAAACUUUAGUAUCUCUAGGGAUCCUGCCAGCAUUAGAAAUCACUCUAAGUAUAGAUGAUCAGAAGACUAAGACUGCAUCUAUAGACAUUUUAACUUACAUUGUAGAGUUUUCACCUUCUGUAGUGAGGGACCACACACUACAGCAGGCCAACAAUACUGAAGAGGAACAAAUGUUACUAAAUAUAGUGAUAGAGCAGAUGUUAAGGGACAGAGACCCUGAGCUGGGUGGCGCAGUGCAGCUUAUGGGUGUCCUUCGCAUACUCUUGGACCCUGAGAGUAUGCUAGCAUCAGUGAAUAAGAGUGAAAAGGCAGAUUUCUUAAAUUUCUUCUACAAACACAGUAUACAAACAUUAAUAGCUCCUCUCCUAGAGAACACGACAGGAGAGAAACCUCUAAAGGAAGACUAUCACACUGUGCAGCUACUGGGCCUUGUACUUGAACUACUGGCCUUCUGUGUUGAGCAUCACACUUACCAUAUAAAGACCUGUAUAUUGAAUAAGGAUCUCCUUCGUCGUAUACUGGUGCUGAUGAGGUCAACGCAUACUUUCCUGGUGCUCGGCGCACUCAGGUUUAUGAGAAAGAUCAUUGCACUCAAGGAUGAAUAUUACAACAGAUAUAUUAUUAAGGGGAACCUAUUUGCACCAGUUAUAGAUACUUUUCUUAGAAAUAAUGGCAGGUACAACUUACUAGACUCUGCGAUACUAGAAUUAUUCGAGUUCAUCAAGUUGGAAGACAUCAAGUCGCUAUGUGCACAUGUCGUUGAAAACUACGGAAAGAUCUUAGAAGACGUUGAAUAUGUACAGACAUUCAAAGCUUUAAAAACGCGGUACGACCAACAUCAGGACAAACUGAAAGAGAGGGAUCGAGUGAGUGGUACUGUGAGCGUGGCGGAGGCGGUGGUGCCGUCCCUGUUGCGUACCCGGUACAGACGCGAGGCGCGCGCGCCCGACGACGAGGAGGAAAUGUGGUUCAACGACGACGACGAACUCGAGGACGACGCGCCUCUCGACGCACAGCAGACGCACGCGCAUCCACACGCGCAUCACGCGCUCGAUGCUAUCGGAAAAAUAGUGGAAAAGAAGGUAUGCUCGAAUACGGAAGCUGUCAACGGUCCUAGCAGAGUACUCCUAAGCACUACGUCACCCAGCAAGCCGGCGCACACUGACGUUCAGGUAUCCUCGCCCAGAUUACUCAAUAAGUAUAAGAGUGUGACUGUGCAGGGCUUGGUGGACUACGACGGCGACUCGGACGAGGAGGAGGAGGGCGGCGGCGCGGGCGGCGGCGCCAGCGAGGAGCGCGACGCCAAGCGGCCGCGUCUGGCGUAG